GGUGAAUAAGAAAGGUGGCUGCGUUGUUUAUAUUGACUGUUUCUUAUCCAUUUGAUUAUGGAAGCAACAAGGAAAGAGGUGGAAGAUAAAUAUGAUAAGAAGAAGCCAUUUUCAAUGGUGAACCCUAAACGCCCAUUUCUAAACAGAAAAUGGACAACUUUAGACCGACGUAAUGCUGCUGGAAUUUUGUUCUUGCAUGUUCUUGGUCUCUUCGCCCCAUUUCACUACAAUUGGCCAGCCUUUUGGGUUGCCUUUACUCUAUAUUUUACUACAGGCGUGCUUGGGAUAACGCUCUCAUAUCAUAGAAAUCUCGCUCAUAGAAGUUUUAAACUUCCCAAAUGGCUCGAGUACUCGUUUGCUUAUCUUGGAGUGCAAGCCUUUCAGGGAGAUCCAAUUGAUUGGGUUAGUACGCAUAGAUAUCACCAUCAGUUUGUUGAUACAGAACGAGAUCCACAUAGUCCUUUAGAAGGGUUUUGGUUUAGUCACGUAACUUGGAUGUUUGACUCGUAUGGUUUGACUAAUAAGAUUUACCCAAAAUACGUCGAAGAUUUUGAGGAACGAGAUGCUAAGAGAACGCUUUCUCGCAAUUGGUUCGUGGGGUUUCUAAAGUAUGGAAGACCAAAGAAUGUAGAGGAUUUGCAAAAACAAGGUUUUUAUAGGUUUCUACGAAAAACAUACCUUCUUCAUCCUAUAGCUCUUGCAAUGGUCCUGUAUGGAUUUGGAGGACUUCCAUUUGUUGUUUGGGGAAUGGGAGUGAGGCUUAUUUGUGUGCUGCACGCUGCUUUCUUCGUAAACUCAGCAUGCCACAUCUGGGGCUAUCGGAAAUGGAACACCAAUGAUUUGUCAAAGAACAAUUGGGUGAUUGGGUUGGUGUCGUGUGGGGAAGGUUGGCAUAAUAACCACCAUGCUUUUGAAUACUCAGCUCGACAUGGGAUUCAAUGGUGGGAAUUUGACUUCACGUGGUGGGUCAUAUUAUUACUUCAAGCUCUUGGUUUGGCAACUGAUGUGAAAUUACCCUCUCAACGUCAUAUGCAAAAGUUGGCCAUCCAAGACAAAAUCACUUCACCCUGAUUCCUUUCGAGUAUUAUUGACUUAUGCACUAAUUAGUAUUCAGCUGUUUACCUAAAAAUAAAUCCAUUUGUCCCUUUGAGACCA